CACAAGCCUGGUACAAGCUGCGGCGGGCGGACUCCGGCAGGGGGGCGCGUGGAACAGGCCGAACCUUGGGCGGCUGCGAGUCCGUCCUCGGCGAUGGGGAACACCGUGGCGCGAGAGGAUUUCGAAUGGGUCUACACGGACCAGCCGCACGCCGACCGGCGCAAGGAGAUCUUACGAAAGUAUCCUGAAGUAAAAGCCUUGAUGAAACCAGACUAUGGUGUGGUCUGGUUGACUGUACUGAUGGUGGUUGCACAGCUAGUUGCCCUUUAUUUAGUUAAAGAUUUGAACUGGAAAUGGGUUGUAUUUUGGGCCUAUGUUUUUGGCAGUUGUCUUGAUCAUUCCAUGACUCUGGCUAUUCAUGAGAUUGCACACAACAGUGCCUUUGGUCAUUCUAAAGCUGCAUGGAAUCGAUGGUUUGGGAUGUUUGCCAAUCUCGCACUUGGCAUUCCUUACUCGGUAUCCUUCAAGAGAUACCACAUGGAUCAUCAUCGUUAUCUUGGUGGCGAUGGAAUUGAUGUGGACAUUCCAACUGACUUUGAAGGAUGGUUUUUCUGCACCCGUUUUCGAAAGCUGUUAUGGAUUAUUCUUCAGCCUCUUUUUUAUGCCAUUCGACCUCUCUAUAUUAACCCCAAACCAAUUUCUCGACUUGAAAUCAUCAACUUGUCAAUUCAGUUUCUCUUUGAUGUUGCAGUAUACUAUUUCUUUGGAGUAAAAUCACUCUUUUACCUGAUAGCAGGAGCAGUUCUUGGAUUGGGUUUGCAUCCUAUUUCGGGACAUUUCAUAGCUGAACAUUACAUGUUUUUAAAGGGAUAUGAAACAUAUUCUUAUUAUGGACCACUUAAUAAGCUUACAUUCAAUGUUGGUUAUCAUAACGAGCACCAUGACUUUCCUAAUAUUCCUGGAAAAAGCCUUCCACUGCUGAAGAAAAUGGCCCCUGAAUACUAUGACCAUCUGCCACAAUAUAACUCUUGGAUAAAAGUACUCUAUGAUUUCGUGAUGGAUGAUACUAUCAGCCCCUACUCACGCGUGAAAAGGCACCUGCGUGGUGAAGUGAUACAGGACUAAAUUAUCAACCAAAAAAUUACUUUUGUGACCUCCAAGGACAUCGCUUCAUUCUUAUUGGUACAUGAUGCAUUCAAGCAGUAUCCUGAUUAGGCUGGAAUAUUUUAGAAUAAGAUGUUUGAGGAAUUAAAAUAUUGCCAGAACUAGAAUAUUCCGGUUUUGAAUAUUUUCUAUAAUAGUUUACUACAAUCUGUGCAUAGUGCUAGUCUUAAUGUUACCUAAUGUAUUUUGAUAGCUGUUUGCUUGUUAACGCCAAACAUUUAAAGAACAAACCAAUAUUCAACAAACACAAGUACUUGUGAUUAUACUUGAUGCCCCACUGGCUUUUAAUGUUAACAAAGCUUAAUUUAAAUUACGUUCUAGUUAAAUUGCAACAUUGUUCUAAUAUAGUAAUAUAGUAAAUGAACAAAAUGCCUUGUGGCACCACCCCUAAAUUGCACCAAUCCAAGUGCUAACUCAGUUGGUGUAUAUAUUACAAAUGUUAUAAAAAGUACCAGAGCCUUUGGUGCAUGCUAGUGUUCUUUUCUCCAAAAUAGUCAUGCCAAGUAAUUGGAUAUAAAAUACCAGCUGUACAUUCCUUAGGCAUAAUACAAUUAAAAUUGGCUGUGUUCCUUCUCUUUCUAUGUAUUUGUGUGCAUGCAUAAGAACAAUGGAAGUUGCUCAUGCUGUUGGGUCAUCUGAGACAGGCGGAAUGCCUUGAAGUUUAGAAACUUUCUUAAUUGGGUAAACUUUCUCAAGCUGUUCGUGAGUCCAUUCUGUGGCUUUAUAGGUUUGUUCACAUGUAAAGACAAUCCAUGGGUUAAAUAAAGACUGGUCUAUCCAGGAUGAGUGGGGAGUGCACUGCCUGUAGCAUGCCCACCUCUUUGCUUUUAAUUUCACAAACUACAUUAUAUUCCUUCAUAACUUGUGGAGUGUGAUGACCCAACCCUGCUAACAAGCUGUUAAAAUAUAAUUUUCUUAGUGUGUAUCACAUUUCUGUUCACUAUUUAAAUGAAUAACUUUCCAUUUUAUUGCCUUGCAACUCAUGGUAUAAUAUGCAAGUAUUAUAGUCUGUAUAGUAGUAUUUCCAGUUCAUGCAGCACACGUUUGAUGCAUUGUGAGCAACUUUUCACAAGAAGUUUCACUAAGAUAUUAAGCUCAUGAAGUUCUCUGCCACAGUAUUGUAUACAGUAGUCAGAUGGAAACUGUUGUAAUCAUUUAGCACUUCACACAAAGGUUGGCUGGUCCAGGUUAUAAAAGCAUUGAAGAGCACCUUGCUCAUUGCCCCAACUUCUGUAUUUGUUUCAAUAGAGAGAAUAUACCGAUAAAUUUUAAGUUCUGUCA